CUAAAAAGAGAGUUGAACAAAAAACUGUGCCUGAUAAUAAUAAUUAUAUACAAACUGUGCCUAAUGAUAAUGAUUAUAUACUUAAAAUAAUUUUAUUAAAUAAUUUAAAUGAAUAUGUUGCAGAAUUGAUAUUCAAGAAUAAUAUAGAGCUAUGUUUUAUAGUACAAGUUGAUAUUGCCAACAUCAAUAUAUCUGAUCAGAAUUUUAAUAUUAAGUCAAUUGCUCAUAUGAUUGUUGAUCAUAUCAAAGAAGCUGAUGGCUAUUCUUGGGU